AUGUUUAAUUCAUAAAAAACUGCAGAAUUGUGCAACAAAGAAAAAUACAUUCUAUUCAUAUAAUGGUGCAAAGAAAAUGGAGCUUUGAUAUCUGAUGAAGUUUAGUAUCCAUCUGCUUUUGGAGCUUAAGGUUAUACUGGAGUUAGUGCAAAAAUGAAUAUUCCCGCUAAUAAGGUAAUUAUUGCAAUACCAAACAAAUUGAUCAUAAGUCAUCAUAAAGUAUUGAAAAGUGAAUUGAGUGAUAUGUUCAAGACUCAUAAACAAUUUUUCGAUGAUUAGAUCACUGCAGAUGCUGAAUUCAAUUGUUUGGCACUUUACAUAUUUUAUCAUAAAUUAUAAGGGGACAAGUCAUUUUGGUAUCCUUAUUUGAAUGUAGUAGAACAACACACUAUGUUUGAAUGGAGAAAUAGAGACCUAUUCAAUUUAUAGGAUCAAUCCCUAAUUGAUGAAUUUAUGUAUAUCUAAUCUGAGAUGGAUAAAUCUUGGUAUAAAUUUAAAGGGUUAAUGAACAAGUAUCCCCAAUACUUUGGUAGUCUAACAGAAGAACAAAAAGACAUGUUUUAUUGGAGCAAUGAAUUUGUGAUGACUCGUUGUUUUGGUUGGACACUGCCAUCCACAAGUUUAGUACCUAUGGCUGAUAUGCUCAAUCAUUCUAAUACUAAUCCUGCUACAUAUCAUUUGAUCAAUAGAUCAAUUGAAUAAAAUGGUCAACCCAAUAAUAGAUACACUCUUAAAAGAGAAAGGAUUGAUUUGAAAUUACUAGAACUUGAUUUUAAAGUUGAUCCAAAAUACUCAAUCAGAAAUUCGCAAGAAGCCUACAUCUAAACCAAUAAACAAUUGUUAGUUCAUGAGUUUGAAGGACAAACAAGCAGAGAUAAAAUUAAUUAAAUUAAUUACAAUGUGUUGUAACUUUGGAAGGAAAAACAAGCAUGGGAGUUGGAUUUUGAAUCAUCUUCCUAAUCAGAGGACAAUGAUACUGAUUCAGAAGAUGAAGAUAAGGUAGACAAGCUCUCCUAGAUAAGAAAGAAAGAACUUAAGAUUUUAUAAGAAAAGAAUAUGAAGUUAGAUUAAUAAUACACUUAAAAAUGCUAAGAUAUUAUUACUAGUCUUAUUCCCAAGAAUGCAUAGUAUAAACAAACACAAACAAAUAUUUAAAUUAAGGGUAAGAGGACUUUUGAAGAAGAUUUGGAGAAAGAUUAGGAUAGUUCAGAAAGUAGUGAUGAUUCGGAGAAGGAUUUCGAUUGGUAUAAUGAUGAUGAUGAUUAAGUUUAUUUUUGUAUCACAACAGCAGGUCAAAUUCAAUAAGGAGAAUAGAUUUACACAUUCUAUGGUAGAAGAAAUAAUAGAUUCUUAUUGUUGUGGUAUGGGUUCACAAUGAAUAAUAAUAAGUAUAAUUCAUUCAAUCUUAGAUUAUGGCUCAAUCCAGAACCUAUGGCUAUGAAUGACUAAAUCUACUCUAAGAUUAUUGUCACUGACAUAGUGAAUACUAGUCAUCUGAAAUUGGGGUAAAUCAAUGGAGUACCAAUCAAUCAAUUGAGCAGGGAAAUCAAAUUGAAGGGCUCCAAAUUAUAAGAAGAUUUAAUCAUUUAUGUAAGACUCUUUUUAAUGGCCUAUUAUAUUGGAUAGGAUGCAAAUUCAAUUUUAUUAACUAUACCAAUUUCGAUUGAUUUUGAAAUCCAGGUUUUUGAUUUCACUUUAAAGUUACUUUCAUAUCUGGCAUAGAGAUUCAAAUCACCAUAUUAAGAAGAUUUAAAUUUGAAUUAAAAUAAUUUGACGUGUGAAGAGUAUUUUGCACUGAACUAUAGACUUGGAUAAAAGGAGUUAAUAUUAUUGCAAAUAAAUCACAUCAUGGAGGCUUUGAAACUGUUAAGAAUGUUGAAAUAGCAACCGAAGUUAAACAUCAAAGAGUAUUUUAUGUAGCAAUCCAAUUCUGUUGAAAAAAUAAGAGCCUUGAGAUAUUAUAUAAAAUAUUUGUGA